AUUCUUUUUCAACAGACAGACAGCAACAAAACAAGAAAACGACAUUAAAAAAACCCACAAAGAGACAGACAAACCCCAGAUCCUCGGAUUAGAUCCUUAACCUUAAAAAUUCUACCUAAAUCAAAUCUUUUUUCCGGAAAAAAUAUUUAGAGUAACGUAAAUAAUUUUAGUAUUUUUUUGUCUGUUUUUUAUUUCCGUGAGUAUAUGAAGGUGUAGGUGUUGAUUGAAAGCUAAGUUUCUGAGAUAAAGAGGGAACAAUAGUGUGCAAAGGAAGACAAUGACAAUGACAAUUCCCAUAAUGAGUACCUUAAAUUCUCAGCAAAAUUUAUGCUUUUCUUGAACCCUUCAAUGCAGCUUUGUUUAUGAGCUAGAAUUUGCAAUUUGUAAUUGUGUUUAGAUCUCUUUUGCAAUGGCUCUUUUUAAGAAAUUCUUCUACCGGAAACCACCUGAUGGGCUUUUGGAAAUCUCUGAAAGGGUUUAUGUCUUUGAUUGCUGCUUUACUACGGACGUUUCGGAAGAUGAUGAAUAUAAAGUCUACAUUGGAGGCAUAGUGAGUCAACUUCGUGAUCAAUUACCGGAUUCUUCCUUCAUGGUGUUUAACUUCCGGGAGGGAGAGCGCCAAAGCAUGAUCGCGAAUGUAUUAUCCGAGUAUGAUAUGACUGUGAUGGACUAUCCCCGUCAUUAUGAAGGUUGUCCAUUGCUUACUAUGGAGAUGAUCCACCAUUUUCUUAGAUCAAGUGAAAGCUGGCUGUCACUCAUGAAGCAAAAUGUGAUCUUAAUGCAUUGUGAACGAGGUGGCUGGCCAGUUUUAGCAUUCAUGCUUGCUUCACUCUUGAUUUAUAGGAAACAAUUCACAGGCGAGCAGAAAACGCUAGACAUGAUUUAUAAACAAGCACCUCGCGAGCUUUUGCAGCUGAUGUCACCCCUUAAUCCGCUGCCUUCACAACUGAGGUACCUGCAGUAUAUAUCAAGACGAAAUGUGGGCUCCCAGUGGCCUCCAUUGGAUAGGGCACUUAACCUGGACUGUGUUAUUCUUAGAGCUAUUCCCAAUAUGGAUGGAGAGGGGGGUUGCCGUCCAAUAUUUAGGAUUUAUGGUCAGGAUCCUCUAAUGGUUGCUGAUCGGACUCCCAAAGUUCUUUUCUCAACGCCAAAAAGAAGUAAACUUGUUCGACAUUACAAGCAGGCAGUUUCCGAUUUAAUUAAAAUAGACAUUCAUUGUCAUAUUCAAGGUGAUGUUGUGAUGGAGUGCGUUCAUGUGGAGAAUGAUCUGGAAAGGGAACAGAUGAUGUUCCGUGUCAUGUUCAAUACAGCCUUUAUAAGAUCAAAUAUUUUGAUGCUGAACCGCGAGGAAAUUGACAUGUUGUGGAAUGUUAGAGAUCAAUUUCCAAAGGACUUCAGAGCAGAGGCUCUCUUUUCGGAGAUGAAUUCUACUUCAUCUCUUGCUACAGUUGAUUUGGUGCGUUUGGAGGAAAAAGGUGGCCUUUCUGAGGAUGCAUUUGCUAAAGUUCAAGAGUUCUUUGACUGUGUGGACUUGCUACCAGGAUCUGAUAUGACACUAAAUAUUCUUCAACAACUCAAUGGUAAUCAAAAGAAUUUAGAAACUAAUUCUCUGAGAACAGAAAUGGACAAUAUGAUGCUAGAGUCAACUAUUGAAAAAGUUCAAAAGGAAUCAAAAAACAACAUUAGUCUCUUGAGCAAUUCAUCUCCAGAUGCAAGUUCAACUAGGGAGAAGGUUGAACCUCUGCAAGAACUGCAAGUUGCUGUCCAACGACCACCUCAGUCUAAGAUCAUAUCUCCACGAGUACAAAAGGCUCUACGUUCUUCUCCAUUUGGAACGCCCUCAACCUUUGGCAUUUCUGCUUUGUUGAUUGAUCAUGCUGCAGCUAAUAGUGAAGAUAUUAUGCGUCAAGUGACAAUAUCUCCCUCAGCAAUUUCAUCUCCUAUCACCAAUGUCCAGAAACCUAUGCAUCAUGUGUCUAGUAUAGGGCUGGCACCAUCACCAUCACCAUCGCCAUCGCCCCCGCCACCGCCACCCUUACCACCGUCUUCUACUUCAUUGAAUUCAGAAAGGUUCUCUGCUAUCAGUUCUUCUCCUUCUCAGCAAACCUCAAAAUCAACAUAUACUCAUCUUAGUCAUUGUUCUGAGAAGUUUUCAGAAACUAGUAAGCCAUUACUUGGGCCCGCUUGCUCUCAAAUAUUCACCUCUUCUCCUGGACCAUCUCCGGCUCUUGCACCUGAUAGUUCAUCUUCAACUCUCCCUCCUCCUCCACCCCCUAUUUCUCCAGUCAGAUCAUCAUUGCCCACAAUUGAUAGAUCAGUCUCAAUGCCUCCUCUUUCUUCACCCAUUUCCUUUCAUGGAACACCUCCAUCCUUUACAGUUAAGCAUCCUGCUCCGCCACCUCCCCCUGAAGUAUCUUCACAGCAGUUCAUGACCAACUCAAAAAUUAUACCCGGACCUCCUCCACCACCUCCUCCGCCUCCUCUAUCUUCUCAGUCUUCAUUGGGGCCUGUUAGUGUUACUUCUGUGCCAUCACCACCCCCUCCUCCCGGUUCUGCUGCUAGUAUUACUGCAGUACCACCAUCCCUGACACCUAGAUCUGCUCGUACAGAUUUCUCAUCUAAUGAUUCUGCAAAAAUCCCUCCUGUGCCACCGCCACCUGCUCCUUUUGGCAAAGGGUUAUCAAAACCCUGUUGUCCCCCUCUACCAUCUCAUAUUGGAGUUGGAAAUGGAAAUGUGCCUCCGGUUCCUGGACCGCCUUCUAGUGCUCUAUUCAGUGCAAAGGGACGGGGUAUAUCACGUCUAACUCCAAGAAGUCAGGCUCAACCUAAAAAAGCCAACUUGAAGCCCUAUCACUGGUUAAAAUUAACAAGAGCUAUGCAGGGAAGUCUAUGGGCUGAGACACAAAAAUCUGAUGAAGCUUCCAAGGCUCCAGAAUUCGACUUAUCAGAACUUGAGAGUCUGUUCUCAGCAGCUGCUCCAAGUACUGGUCCUGGAAGCAAUGGGGAAAAAUCAUCUCGCCGCUUGUUGGGGCCUAAAUCUGAUAGAGUGCAUCUGAUUGAGCUCAGACGUGCAUAUAACUGUGAGAUCAUGCUUUCGAAGGUUAAAAUUCCUCUGUCAGACCUAAUGGGUGCAAUUCUUGCCAUGGAUGAUUCAGUUCUAGAUGUUGAUCAGGUUGAUAAUCUUAUAAAGUUCUGUCCAACUAAAGAAGAGAUGGAAUUGCUUAAGGGUUAUAGUGGAGAUAAGGAAAAUUUGGGGAAGUGCGAACAGUUUUUCUUAGAAUUGAUGAAAGUACCGCGGGUAGAGUCGAAGCUAAGAGUUUUUUCAUUCAAAUUACAAUUCCAUCAUCAGGUCUCUGAUCUACGAAAGAACUUACAUAUUGUUAAUUCAGCUGCUGAAGAGGUCAGGAGCUCACUCAAGUUGAAAAGGGUCAUGCAGGCUAUUCUCUCCCUGGGUAACGCUUUGAACCAUGGAACAGCAAGAGGUAGUUGCAACUCGGUUGGUUUCGUAAUAGUUAUUUGUCACAUAAAAACCAGAGUGAUCUGUCACUUAUUCUCUCCUAAUAUACUGGCAUUAACUAUUCAUAAUCACAUUCUUUUAGGUUCUGCUGUUGGAUUUCGAUUGGAUAGUCUCCUCAAACUCACAGAUACACGAGCUAUAAAUAACAAGAUGACUCUCAUGCAUUAUCUUUGUAAGGUUCUUGCAGAAAAGCUUCCAGAGCUUCUGGAUUUUAAGAAAGAUCUCCAAAGUUUGGAGGCUGCGACAAAAAUACAAUUGAAAUAUUUGGCUGAAGAAAUGCAAGCCAUUAGCAAAGGGCUGGAAAAGGUUUUGCAGGAAUUAGCUGCCACGGAGAAUGAUGGUCCCGUGUCUGAAUACUUUUGCAAGAUCCUAAAGGCAUUCCUUAGUUCCGCUGAAAGUGAAGUAAGGUGUUUGGCUUCUCUCUAUUCCACUGUGGGUAGAAAUGCAGAUGCUUUGGCCCUUUACUUUGGAGAAGAUCCUGCACGUUGUCCGUUUGAACAAGUUGUUUCUACUCUUCUGAAUUUUGUGAAGAUGUUAAUCCGAGCACACGACGAAAAUUGCAAGCAGAUGGAAUUGGAUAGGAAAAGGGCAGCGAAGGAAGCAGAAAUCGAAAAGUCGAAGAUGGAACCUUCCAAAAAGGACUCUGAAACCUUGAUGAGAACGCCAAUGAAGAUUAUCAAAUGGUUCAAGACGCAACAAAACAACCAGGUGCAGCCUUAAAGAUGCAAGGGAACAGGAAAAGGCAUUCGUCUUGCAGCAAGAAUAGAUCGUGAAGGACGUUAAAAUGCGUAUAAUAACGAGAAAUGCUCAUCUUAAGCAGUUACAUGUAUGAUGCUUUUGGAGCAGAGAUCACGGCACCAAGUCCCAUUCAACAAGCUACUUGCAAGGUAUAUCUGGAAUUUUCUGUAAAAAUACAUACUUGGUUCUCUGUAAGUUAUGCAGCAGAAGCAGUAGGUCCAUUUUUGGCUAAUUUUUUUAAGAAUUCUGUAUAUUUGUAGUUAUAGUGACGUAGAUGUUUACUUGUAGCCCGCUUGUACAAGUAUGAACAGUGUAACUUGUUUUUAACAAAUAGUGAGUUUCUCAAUAGGUUAUUAGUUCUA